UCUCUUAUGAAUCGAUGGUCAACCAUUCAGCUUGCCAUGAAUAAGUUUUGUGGGUGCUAUGCCCAAAUUGAAUCAUUGCAUCAAAGUGGCAUAAAUGAGGAUGACAAGAUUUGCAAGGCGAAAAUUAUGUACAAGGAACUCAAGAAAUCUACAUUCCAAUUCGAACAUUGUUGGAUUAUGUUAAGGGAUCAACCAAAGUGGGUGGUGGAGUCUGAGAAGAAAAAACAACCAAAAAGACCAAGAACAGGGACAACCUCUUCUCCUUGUACUCUGAAUUCGAUAAAUCUAGGGGAAGACGAUGUCUCACCUAAUGAUUUUGUAGACUUGGAGAGACCAACCAGUAGGAAGGCUUAAAAGGAGCGAUUGAAUAAAUGAAAGAACAAAGAAAGCGUACAUUCGAGUAUUACAAAAACUUUGGAGGACAUCAAGCAAGACAAAAAGAAAA